AUGUGUGGAACACUGAAUCGUGGCUUUCCAAUAGUUAUUCCAAGCAGUAAAGAAUUUGUGGUAGCCGCUGAUGAAGUUACAGUACCUAAAUUAACAAAAAAUUAUCAAAAUAAAACGAUAAAAUGUCUCGCAGUGCAGGAUUUUUUGGAAUAUCACACUUCAACCAUUGAAGAGCAUGAAAUUAAGAUUGAUGUUUGGUUUGCCCCAGAAUUUCAAUCACCAAUUAUUGACAAAUAUGCAAUAGUUGGACGAUCAGCUUCGCUAAUUUGUGAAAUAACUGCGUCGAAUCCACCAGCAAUUCUUUUUCGAUUUUUUGCAAAUUCCAAUCAGUUAAAUAAUAAUGAUAAAUUCGAAAUCAUUUCAAAUAUUUCGAAGCAAAUUGCUAUUCUUCGGAUAAACAAAGUUGAUGAAGAAAAUUUUGGCGAAUUUAAAUGUGAAGUUAGUAAUAUAAAAGCCAAAUCUUAUCAAAUUAUCAACUUGAAAGAAUCGAGUGCUCCGGGUGAAGUACAUACUUCACUUUAUGAAGUUGGAAAUCGUUCGUUAACAUGGAAAAUCGAUGAUGACGAAGUUGAUUUGCCAACUACUGCUUAUAUUAUCGAAUAUAUAAAUAAAGCUUAUAUUGACGAAAUAACGGGCCCAAACGAGAAUAUCGAACAGGAACGCCUGUGGAAUUCACUUUCAAUGCAUAUCAAAUUUAAUAAAUUAAAAGAUGGAUCAUAUAUUGUGGAUGGUCUUCAACAGGACACGAAAUAUAUGUUCAGGAUACGCGCAGAAAAUGAGGCAGGUCAAGGCGAUGCUAUCACUAUAAUUGCAUCAACCGCCAAACAUGAUAAUAAAGUACAGUCUAUAAUGGCGAAUUUAUCUUUAUCCACCAAUUUCAAUUUCUUUUUAUCGUUUUCCAUUAUUUUGGCAACAAUUCUAAUGAUUAAUUAG